AUGACCUCGUCUACAAGGCGAUACUCUUUUAGUCGCGAUAUUGAAUCUUUUGACGACUUGGACAACUCGCUAGAUAGAGCAUUAAACAGCGCAACAAACACUCUACAGCAACAACAUGGUACCAAGUAUAACAGCAGAAACAAUUCCAUCAACUCAAGUGCAGGCAUACUGUUGCAAUCCUUGAAAUCCAAUCACGAUGAUCAAGACUACUUGCACGAUGGCGAUCACUCUCCGUUGAUAUCCAAUGCAUACCCUUACAUUGGGCAUCAAUCGUCACACCAUUCUUCAAGCUCGUCGCUAAAUAUAGCAGCUAGAUCAGCUUCGUCAAAAUUCAGACGUUUUUUCAAACGCUUCGUCUUUCUUUUCAAUGACGCUAAACGCGAGCUAAAUCAAGAAAGACUCAAGGUCUCAGGAGCAUCCGACUUUAGGAUCAACAACUUGAGUGAAGAGAGGUACAUCUCUGCCAAAACUACUAACCUGAGAGCCAACAACAUAUACCCGUCAAACAGCGUUUCCAAUGCAAAAUAUAAUCCCAUCACCUUCAUACCAAUCAUCUUGUAUGAACAAUUCAAGUUCUUUUUCAACCUAUAUUUUUUGGUGGUGGCAUUGUCACAGAUUGUACCUCAAUUAAGAAUAGGUUAUCUUUCUUCAUACAUAGUGCCUUUAGCAUUUGUGCUUUUCGUGACAAUGUUGAAGGAAGCAAGUGAUGACAUUACAAGGCGCCGCAGAGACAGAGAGCAAAACUUUGAGGUUUACGAAGUGUUAAAUCGAAAUGCACAGAAUAAUUUGACCGGCGAACCAAAAUACGUAGCAUCAAAAGAUUUAAGGGUGGGUGAUAUCGUUAGGUUACACAAGGAUGUAAGAAUACCGGCCGAUAUGGUUUUAUUACAAUCAACUGAAAAAACCGGCGAGGUGUUUAUCAAAACAGACCAACUAGAUGGUGAGACAGAUUGGAAAUUGCGGGUUGCCCCCAAUGUCACCCAGAAUUUAUCAAGUGUUGGCCAAAUUAUUGACUCGCUAUCGUUAAUUAUUGGAAAUCCAACCAAGUCUAUCCACGCGUUCGCUGGACAGUUGGUGUAUAAUCCACCUACCGCAUCGGGGACAACCUCUCCAACUUCGUCAGAGACAUAUCCAUUAUCUGUUGAUCAAACAUUAUGGGCCAAUGCAGUUUUAGCAUCUGGAAGCGCAAUGGGGUUAGUCAUAUACACUGGAAUUGAGACACGACUUUCGAUGAACACGACAAAGAGUGGGGUCAAGAUUGGUCUUCUUGAAAUUGAAAUUAAUAGUCUUUCCAAGAUAUUGUGUGCCGUGGUUUUGGUUUUAUCUAUUGCAUUGGUGCUUGCUCAUGGGUUCCCCUUGGAGAAAACGUGGUACAUCGACAUUCUUCGGUUUUUGAUAUUGUUCUCGACAAUUAUCCCAGUGUCACUUCGAGUCAAUCUCGAUCUUGCGAAAUCGGUGUAUGCCUCGCAAAUUCAAAACGAUCUAGCCAUACCCGAUACAAUUGUAAGAACAUCCACUAUUCCAGAGGAUCUAGGAAGAAUCGAAUAUCUCCUAAGUGACAAGACGGGUACCCUUACAAGAAACGAAAUGAAUUUAAAAAGACUUCACUUGGGCAGUGUCAGCUAUGCUGGCGACACGUUCGAUAUUGUCACAGACUAUGUCAAGAACUUGAUAAACUAUCUCAACUCGCCACAAUUUCUGCUGAGGAAAAAAGACUUGGCAGCUAGGGUGUGUGAUUUGGUUUUGACAUUGGCCCUAUGCCAUAAUGUUACGCCAGUAUUCGAUGACGAUUCAGAGGAUGCUACAUUUGGCGAAAUAACUUACCAAGCAGCUUCGCCUGAUGAAAUCGCUAUAGUUGAGUUCUGUGAGUCUGUUGGGUUGAAAUUGUUCAAACGAGAUAGACACAAGAUUACAUUAAUGCACGUGCACACAAGCCAGCUUCUCGAAUUUGAAGUAUUGCAUAAUUUUCCAUUUAGUUCGGAAACCAAGCGUAUGGGUAUCAUUGUAAAGAGCAAAUUUAGGGACGAUGUGUGGUUUUUACAAAAAGGUGCAGACACCGUGAUGUCGAAAAUAGUCGGAGCUAAUGAUUGGCUUGAUGAGGAAACUGGGAAUAUGGCUAGAGAAGGAUUGCGUACAUUGGUAAUUGGUAGAAAACUCUUGCCAACCAGUGUAUAUGAUGAUUUUGCUUCAAACUACAAGGAGGCGUCCCUCGCAAUGAAAGAUAGGGAUCAGACAAUGCAGAAAGUUGUCAGCUACUACCUCGAGCAAGAUUUGGAGCUCCUCGGUUUAACCGGUGUUGAAGACAAAUUACAAAUGGAUGUAAAGCCAUCUAUUGAAUUAUUGCGAAAUGCCGGUAUAAAAAUUUGGAUGUUGACUGGAGACAAGGUUGAAACUGCAAAGUGUGUUUCAAUCAGCGCAAGAUUAAUUUCACGUGGCCAGUAUGUGCAUCAGGUGACUAAGCUAUCUGACCCAGACUUGGCAUUGGACCAGAUAGAAUAUCUCAGAACAAAUCCCAAUUCGUGUUUGCUCAUUGAUGGUGAAUCCUUAGCCAUUUACAUGAAAUACUUUUGUGAUGAAUUUUUGGAAAUAGCUAUUAAAUUACCAGCAGUCAUUGCUUGUCGUUGUUCACCACAACAAAAGGCCGAUGUUGCUGUUGAAAUCAGGCGUGUGACUGGUAAACGAGUCUGCUGUAUUGGAGACGGUGGUAAUGAUGUUAGUAUGAUUCAAUGUGCUGAUGUAGGUGUUGGAAUCGUUGGUAAAGAAGGUAAGCAGGCGUCGUUAGCCGCAGAUUUUAGUAUUGACCAGUUUUGCUAUUUGACCAAGUUGUUGUUGUGGCAUGGAAGAAAUUCGUAUAAGAGGUCGGCCAAGUUGGGCCAGUUUGUUAUCCAUAGAGGAUUGUUGAUAUCGGUGGCGCAAGCUGUAUACUCCAUAUCAUCCAAGUUUGAGCCCAUUGCAUUAUAUCAAGGCUGGUUGAUGGUGGGGUACUCCACUGUGUACACCAUGGCACCAGUGUUUUCACUCACACUAGAUUGUGAUGUUGACGAGCAUUUGACCAAAGUUUACCCGGAAUUGUACAAAGAAUUGACAUUGGGAAAAUCAUUGUCGUACAAGACUUUCUUCAUGUGGGUGUUUAUCUCAUUAUACCAAGGCUGUGUCAUUCAAUUGUUGUCGCAGCAGUUUCAAACUCUACUCACAAAGAAAUUUACAGCCAUGGUCGCUUUGUCGUUUUCGUGCUUGGUUUAUAAUGAGUUGUUCAUGGUUGGAUUAUCAGUCAACAGAUGGAACAAAAUAAUGGCGGCCACUAUUGUUGUGACAUUCUUGGCCUACGUGGGUUCAAUUCCCAUGUUGUCAGAGUACUUUGAUUUGGACUACGUCAGUUCUAUUACAUAUUUGUGGCAGACAGGAGUCAUCUUGGUUGUGAGUUUGUUCCCAGUUUGGUUGGUACAGUUUUUGAAUAGGAGGUUGAGACCGCCAACCUACGCCAAAGUACAACAAGAUUGA